UAAAGCUGAUAUAAUGAAAGUUGAGAUAACAGAAGAUCUGUGUAUGAGGCCUCAACUAGGAGCCCAGGAAGCAGAUAACGCUGAUAUAGUGAAAGUUGAGAUAACAGAAGAUCUGUAUACGUGUGAUCAGGUGAAGACUGAGGAGGAUGAAGUUCCUAUAAAUACGGCUACAGACGCAGAUAACGCUGAUAUAGUGAAAGUUGAGAUUACAGAAGAUCUGUAUACGUGUGAUCAGGUGAAGACUGAGGAGGAGGAGGUUCCUAUAAAUAAGGCUACAGAUGUAAAUGAAGCUGUGAUUUCAUGUUAUACAGAACAAAAGGUUCAAGAUGAUCAGUGCCUACGAAAUAUGCCAGAAGGCACAGAGCAGGAAAUAUGUGAUAAUAUUAGCACAGAUGAAUUCUCAAAAAACAAUAAUCCUAGUCAUGGUCAGAGUGCAAAAACUUCUUUGAACCUUCUUCAAAAUCAUAGAAGCCACGAAGGAAAUGUAUGUUCUGUAUGUGGGAAAUGUUUUAUUCAGAAAUCGCUUCUUAUUAGGCAUCAGAAAAUUCAUUCAAGAGAAAAAGCAUUUUCAUGUUCUGAAUGUGGAAAAUGUUUUACCUGGAAAUCACAUCUUAUUAUUCAUCAGAAAAGUCAUACAGGAGAGAGAGAAUUUUCGUGUUCUGAAUGUGGGAAAUGUUUUACCCGGAAAUCAACGCUUUUUGCUCAUCAAAAAAUUCAUACAGGACAGAAAACAUUUUCAUGUGCUGAAUGUGGAAAAAGUUUUUUCAUGAAAUCAGAUCUUAAUAAACAUAUGAAAACUCAUACAGGAGAGAAAGCAUUUUCAUGUUCAGAAUGUGGGAAAUGCUUUUUCAAGAAAUUAGAUCUUUAUAGACACUUGACAAUCCAUACAGGAAAUAAAGCAUUUUCAUGUUCUGAAUGUGGGAAAGGUUUUACUCAGAAGUCAAAACUUAUUGGACAUCUAAAUGUUCAUAAAGAAGACAAAGCUUUUUCAUGUUCUGAAUGUGGGAAAUGUUUUGCCCAGAAACCAAAUCUUAUUAAACAUAAGAAAAUUCAUACAGGAGAAAAGGAGUUUUUUUGUUCUGUGUGUAGGAAAUGUUUUAGUCAGAAAUCUUAUCUUACUAGACAUCAGAAAAUUCAUACAGGUGAGAAAGCAUUUUCAUGUUCAGAAUGUGGGAAAUGUUUUUCCUGGAAAUCACAUUUUAUUAUUCACCAGAAAAUUCAUACAGGAGAGAGAGAAUUUUCAUGUACUGAAUGUGGGAAAUGUUUUACUCGGAAAUCAACUCUUAUUGCUCAUCAGAAAAUUCAUACAGGAGAGAAAGCAUUUUCAUGUUCUGAGUGUGGGAAAUGGUUUUUCACUAAAUCAGAUCUUAAUAAACAUCAUAAAAUUCAUACAGAAGAAAAAGCAUUUUCAUGUUCUGAUUGUGGGAAAUGUUUUCUCAAGAAAUUAGAACUUUAUAGACAUCUGAAAUUUCAUACAGGAGAAAAGGCAUUUUCAUGUCCUGAAUGUGGGAAAUGUUUUACUCUGAAAUCUCAUCUUAUUAGACAUCUGAAAAUUCAUACAGGAGAGAAAGCAUUUUCAUGUUCUGAAUGUGGAAAAUGUUUCACUCAGAAAACAGAUCUUGUUAAUCACCAGAAAAUUCAUACAGGAGAAAGAGCAUUUGUAUGUUCUGAAUGUGGGAAAUGUUUUACUUGGAAACGCACUCUUAUUAGGCAUCAGAAAACUCAUAGUAAAGGGAAUCAGGGAAAUUAGAUAUUGACCUUUUAUGGUUAAAUCUUUUUUUAUAAAGGGACAGUGUACUGUAAAAUGGUUUUCCCAUUAAUGUGUUUCCAAUGACUUGUUACACCAGCUGCAGAGUGUUAAAUGCAUCAGAAACUGAUUCUGGGUGUGUAAUUUCUUCUGUUGACUUUGUUUACACAGCUUUUCAAUAGUCAAUACCCAAAUAUAAAAACUUUAAGUAAAGGUAAGGAUAACACAGGCAAAAUCAGCUAUUUUAAAUAUUAAAACAAAAGUUAAAGGCACUCUGCAAUUCAAUACACUCCAGCAGGUAAAAUGGAUCCUUGGAAACAAAGUAAAGGGGAGAACAAUUUGGGAUACACUGUCUCUUUAAGUGCAGAGGAUGACACAUAGUCAUCAUCCGCAAAAUGCCUAGAAUGCUUAUGAUGACUACAUCUUGGCCUCCUGGGGGAGCUCUCUCAAAGCUGGUCAUGGCCCACUGCUACUCAAGCAGUUACAAGGUGGCCCAGUAUGUUUAGCAUUGCCAGAGAAAACAGGAAUGCUGAUGAUGUCACCACAUGUGAGUAUGGUGAAGUCAACAAGUAGAAGUGCUGGGGAUGAUUACGUCCUCUCAUCUCAGGCCUAGAAACCUCUUAGACCCACUGUUUGAAAGGCAAUCAACUGCUUUCAACAUGGGCAAAUAAAGUUUAGGCAUAAUGUAAAAAAAUAAUAAACUUUUUUUAAAAAUAAAGGGGUAUCUUGGAACUUAUAUGUCAUAAUGGCCUGGAGACCCCAAGACCUCUUGUUUUAAAGCCCAGAGCCCCUUCUUUUAAAUAAAGUUGCUAUAUGGGUUUUAAUAGUCAGGUGAUUACCUGUCAGGAAAGAAAAUUAUUUAAGUAGACGAUCAUGGUUGCCGCUAUGUACAGAUCUAAUUCAUAUAAAUAUACCCAAAGGCCCUUAUUUAUGAUGUCAAACCCUUGUUUGGUACUGCUGAGGGCAUUACAUCCAGGUGAUCACUGAAGUGACGUUUCCCUAGCUGGAAUUUAAAUUGACCAAGUUUAUAAUUGUGCAGGGUGAGCUCCUAUGUUAACAUCAAAAGUGCAAGAAACAAUUAAUUUUAGGAAGCUUUUGAGCUGCGGCCAUGACGGUUUGGUAAAUACAAGAGCUCCUACAAGGAUGGUUUACAGUCUGUGGAAUAUCAUUGCAUACCAGUUCCAUCCAACCUUCAAACAAAUAGAGGUUUAUCUCACUGUUCUGAACUUUAAAAAAAGCUAAUUUUGAACCUUUAAGUAACCACUGUGUUCCAGAAUGGUUAGUUCAUAUUUUCUGUUAGUCUCUAACUACAUCCCCCAGAAAUAAUAGUAUCAACAAAGAAACUAGAACACUAAAAUUGAGCAGCUCUUAAAACAUCUUGAAGAAGCACUGCUCAAAGUUUAUCGCAAGAGCAACAGUUAUUGAUGGAACAUGAACCAGAGGAGGAUGAAAGGCUGUUGCAAGCAUAUAAAUAAUUGAAGAAUCCUCUCUCACAUGUCGGAAGAGAACCACUGGCAUAUCUUUUGGAAAUCAUUUUGUCAAUUGUGUAAUUGUCAUAAACAGGAGUUGUACAGUGUGUUCCAGGGGUCAACAGUCUAGGGAAGAGUUAAGCUGGGCUUAGAGAUUCCUUUUUUUUCUAAGGCAUUGUAGUCUUACCCUUUGUCAUUACUGAGAUCUCAUGAUAAUGGCCGGACUCACACAAAGAAGAUUAAUUAUUAUCCCACUAUGUUGAGAAGAACUUAGGCGACACAAGAUAAAUACCUGGACUUCUAGCACUAGUAUGAGUCAGCUGUAUAUAUGUCUUCUGAAGAUUAUUUUUUAAUGACUUAUUGAUUAUGUAACUAGAUAGUCUGAAUACAAUAUGUCAUUGUUAUAAUAAUGCUAUGCCUCAAGGUGGAAUUGAUAGCUAUUUAUGCUUUGUAGCGUAGCGAUUAUUCACCCUUUGAGUGAUAAAAUUUCACUCCCCCAAUUACAUAUGCUCUCUUCCCUGUUUGUUAUAAAGUCUGCAGUAUGAGGUUAAAUUGAUGUAUAUAUUAACCACGCUACUGUUACAUCCCUUAUUUAAAGCCGUGAGGUGUGUGAUUCUACUGGGGCAAUGUUUUGGCAGCAGAGGGUGUUGGAUUUUAAUUUACCUUUAAAUUUUACUUCAUUUUUUUUUCUUUGCUGCUGAAAGGUCACAGGUAUUAUAUUUAGCCUUCAGAGAAUAAAUCACUGUCAUGUUCCUUAUAAGGGGUAUAGUCUUAUAGUCUCUCAGGCUUCUUUAUUACUCACUUUUAUAUGUGACUGAUUGAUCAGUGCAAGACUUAGUGGGAACUAUAUGUUUACAAUUAAACGUGUAUCUAAUGUAAACAUUUUUGCUGUUCACUAAUUUUAUCUAUUUUAAUAUUUAAUGAGGUCCAAGACUGGUCUAAUUUCUAUAAAUCACUGUGUUUUCUUACUAGUACAUAUCGUGAAACUAUAUUUGUGUGUUUAUGUUUUUUCUGUAUAUUUAAUAAUAUUACUUCUUCAGUGUAAGCUCACAUGUCCACCUGUCCUGUUGAUCACUUUAUGUAAAGAUGGUUUACAGCUUACAGUGGCUCAAGAGCAGGGCCCUCUACCCUUAUGAUUUAUGUAAAUGUCUUAUGAUUGUUGUACUCCAUAAUGGUAUACCGAUGGUUUAUGUAAAUUAAUUCUGAUUUUUGUACUCCAUAAUGGUAUACUUACGAUUUAUGUAAUUGUCUUCUAUUAUUGUACUCCAUAAUGGUAUACUUAAUGUUACAGCGGUGCCUAUUAAUAAUAAUACCUUCUGAUAUUAGAUUAUUCAUCAUAUAACUUAAGGGGUCCAAGAGUGGCCCCAUAUAGAAAAUAGAAUGUUUCUCUGACAUGUGGCGUAGUCUGCGUUCUCACUCUACUGUUUUGUCUUUUCUUAAUUACAAAAAAUUAGGUGACAAAUUAUUUCACACGUAGAUAUGUUGUAGGCUUUAUUCUUUGUGUAGUUUUGUAUAUUAUUGGUUAUCCAAUACCCUUUUGUACCAAACAUCAAAAUUAAGAUGCUAAGCCAAGUUUCUAAAUGUUCGUAAUUGUGAUUUUAAACCUCAAUAAAGUUGAAAAAAAACCUCCAAAUCCCUUUACUUAA